AUGAAUGUUCAGUUGCGGCUUAAUAUGAUGUCAAGAAAUAAUUUGGAGGCAUCUACUUGUAAAAUGACAGAGACAUUUAAUUUUAAGGAAAAGGAGAGCAAGCUUCCGCCACAUGAUUCUUUAAGAAGUCCUGGAAGACAUCCUAACCAUCCUAAUUUCAGGUUGAAAAGCCCAGAGAAUGGAAAUAAAAAGAACAAUUUUUUGCUUUGUGAGCAAACCAAACAGUAUUUGGCUAGUCAGGAAGACAAUUCACUAUCUUCAUACCCUAAUGGCAUGAGUGGAGAAGUGGUUGGAUCCAAAGCAGACAGGAAGACAUUGCCAACAGGAGACUUAGUGUCACCAUUAAGUGUUGGAAAUAAUUCACCGUCCAAAGAAGUAAAUAGUAAGCCUAUAAAUAAUAUGUCUCCUGCAAAAUCAAAAAAACACAAGUUGGUUGAGAAUUCCUUGUCCAUAAGUAAUCCAGCGCUCUUCAACUCCUUAGGACCUCCUCUUCGGUCGUCUACUUGCCAUUGCUGUGGCCUGUGCGGGUCGCUACGGUGCUCACAGUGCAAGCAGACGUGUUAUUGCUCCACCGCCUGCCAGAGAAGAGACUGGUCAGCACACAGCAACGUGUGCAAACCUGUGCAGCAAAAUUUCCACAAAUUUAAAGAUAAUAAAUCACCUUUUGAAACAAAGAACAUGGAAGUGAAAAACGAGAAUGACUAUCCACUUGGAGUUACUAAAGAAAUAGCUGUUUGUGCUGAUAAAAUAAUGUUUUCUGAUUUGAGAAGUCUCCAACUCAGGGAAACCAUGGAAAUAAAGGUUACAGUUACUGAAUUCAAACACCCAAGUGACUUUUACGUGCAGUUAUAUUCUUCAGAAGUUUUAGAAUAUCUGAACCAACUCUCUGCAAACUUAAAGGAAACAUAUGCAAAUGUGGUGCUUGAGGAACAUUAUAUUCCUGUUAAGGGGGAAGUCUGUGUUGCCAAGUACACUGUUGACCAGACCUGGAACAGAGUGAUAAUACAGGAUGUUGAUGUGCUGCAGAAGAAGGCACGAGUCUUAUAUAUUGAUUAUGGAAAUGAAGAAAUAAUUCCAGUAAACAGACUUCACCAACUAAAGAGAAACAUUGACUUGUUUCCUCCUUGUGCCAUAAAGUGCUGGGCCGGUGUUGUCCCAGUGGAAGGGAAUUGGAGCAAUGAUUGUAUCAAAACGAUUAAAUCACUGUUAAUGGAGCACUACUGCUUUAUAAAGAUUGUCAACAUCUUGAAAGAGGAAGAGGUUACCUUUGCCGUGGAUGUUAUGCUGCCAAGUUCAGGAAAACUCUUAGACCAUGUGCUUGUAGAAAUGGGAUAUGGCUUGAUACCUAAGGGACAGAGUUCUAAGAAGCCAAGUGCAGACCACUGUGAUUCUGAAGAUGUUGGAAAAAUGACAGUUGAAAUUGUAGACAGAAGUGACUUAAUUCCAAAAGUGUUAACUUUGAACGUAGGUGAUGAGUUUUGUGGUGUCGUUUCUCACAUUCAGACUCCGGAAGACUUCUUUUGUCAAAAACUACAAAAUGGAUGUAAGCUUGCUGAACUUCAGGCAUCCCUUAGCAAGUACUGUGGUCAGCUGUCUCCACGCUCGGAUUUUUAUCCAACCAUUGGUGAUAUCUGCUGUGCUCAGUUCUCAGAGGAUGAUCAGUGGUACCGUGCCUCCGUUUUGGCUUAUGCUUCUGAAGAGUCUGUGCUGGUCGGAUAUGUAGAUUAUGGAAACUUUGAAAUCCUUAGUUUGAAAAGACUGUGUCCCAUAACUCCAAAGUUGUUGGAACUGCCAAUGCAGGCUAUAAAAUGUGUGCUGACAGGAGUAAGGCCAUCAUUGGGAAUUUGGACUCCAGAAGCUAUUUAUCUGAUGAAAAAUGUACAGAACAAAAUGAUCACAGUGAAAGUGGUUGACAAGUUGGAAAACAGUUCCCUGGUGGAGCUUAUAGAUGAAUCUGUGACACCUAACGUCAGUGUUACUCAAGUACUCCUCGAUUCAGGCCUUGCCGCCAGGGAAGAGGGGGUCUUGGUGACAGAUAAACCCAGUGAUGCACAUGAAGCCAGUGUUCCCUUGGGUGCAGAGGCAAAAUUGGCGUGGAAAUGGAUUAACUUGCUGUUGACCCAAACAGUAGAUGUUGUGGUCUGUAUGGUAUAUAGUCCUGGAGUUUACUGUCACGUGCUUAAAGAGGACGCUGUAAAGAAACUCAAUGAUUUGAACAAGUCGCUAGCAGAAUAUUGUCAGCAGAAGUUGUCUGAAGAUUUUAAGGCAGAAAUAGGGCAACCUUGUUGUGCUUUUUUUGCAGGUGAUGGCAAUUGGUAUCGUGCCUUAGUCCAUGAAGUUGUACCAAAUGGAAACGUUAAAGUACAUUUUGUGGAUUAUGGAAACAUGGAAGAAGUUACUGCAGAUGAACUCCAAAUGAUCCCAUCAAAAUUUUUAAAUCUUCCAUUUCAAGGGGUGCAAUGUUGGUUAGCAGGUAUGAUAUACAGGCCUAGAAACAAACAUUGGACUAAAGAAGCCACAGCAAAGUUUCAGAUGAGCGUUACAGGAAUAGAACUCCAAGCCCGAGUGGUUGAAUCACUGAAAGGGAGUGGAAUUGAACUCACCGAUCUUUCUACUUCUUAUCCCAGAAUAAUUAAUGAUGUUCUGAUUGGUGAACAUCCUGUAAAAGCUAGUUCACCAUGGAAAGACUUAGCCAAAAACAGACUUGACAAUAAACAGGAUCUUCAAGUUGGCACCCCAGAUGUCAAGCCAUCUCUUCAGGCUGUGCAGUGGAGGACACUAGAAUUGCCAGUUAAUAAAACUGUACAAGCGAGCAUAUUAGAAAUCAAACCCAACUUGUUUUACGCUGCACCUAAUGAGAUGCCUGAAGAUCAGGAGAAACUGUGUAUAUUGACAGCCGAAUUGUUAGAAUAUUGCAAUGCUCAGAAGAGUCCAUCGUCCUAUAGAACCAGUAUUGGAGAUGCGUGCUGUGCCAAAUACACAAAUGAUGAUAUCUGGUACCGUGCCAUUGUUCUGGAGACAUCAGAUGCUGAGGUGAAAGUGCUCUAUGCAGACUAUGGAAACAUUGAAACUCUGCCUCUUUACAGAGUACAGCCAAUCUCCGCCAGCCACCUGGAGCUUCCUUUCCAAAUUAUUAAAUGUUCAUUUGAAGGAUUAAUGGAAUUGAAUGGAAGCUGUUCUCAAUUAAUAAUAGAACUGCUAAAAACUUUCAUGUUGAAUCAGAAUGUAAUGCUUUCUGUAAAAGGAAUUAUUAAGAAUGUCCAUACAGUGUCAGUUGAGAAAUGUUCUGAGAAUGGGGCUGUCAGUAUAGCUGAUAAGCAGAAGAUGUACGAUCUGGCAAAAAACAUCACGUCUAAAAAGCAAAGUACUUUACAUACAGAAAAGACAUUGGGGAUGAAUUGCUGCUGCACGGACUUACGGAAACAAGUUGAAAAACAUGAACAGAUUCUUCUCUUCCUCUUAAACAACCCAACCAAUCAAAAUAAAUUGGUUGAAAUGAAAAAAAUUGUUUAAAAAAGCAGUCUCUCGGAAAUAAACACAUGUGAGAGAGGAAACAAUGAAGACUAGACUUAAGAGAGAAAGGACAGCACCUUGUGUUUUUGUUUAUUGGAAUCUUGUCUACGUUUUCUUUAAUGAUCUUUCAUGCCCCCAUUUUUGUUUGCUUACCAUUCUUCUAUUAGAUUGGGUAGUUUUAUUUUUUUCUCUUAAGUUCUUCCUCCCAAAUAAAUAAGCCUUGUGUAAAAGAUUCAUACCAAAUUCAUGGGGAAUAUUGGGAAGGGAUACAUAGGGGCUUUCUACUGUAUAUAUAACUUUAUGACUUAAAUGUAUGGAAGGAAAGAUGACUCG